UUCCUUCUCUCCUGCCACAUAGCUCUCCUCACCAUGGGGAGCUUUGUUGCCAACGAGGGACUCUCCAUCUUUGUUAUCCUAGUCUGGCUCGGCAUCAACGCCUUCCUGUUCGUCCACUUCUACAUGGCCUUCCUGGUGGAGAAGUGGUUCUACACCCGGGUCCUGCUGGGGCACGCUCUGCCCUGGGCCCGAGCGCCGGCCGCCUGCCUCAACUUCAACUGUCUGCUCAUCCUGCUGCCGGUGUGCCGGAACCUGCUGUCCUUCCUCCGAGGCUCCAUCCAGUGCUGCAGCCGCACCGCCGCUCGCCAACUGGACCGCAGCAUCACGUUCCACAAGCUGGUGGCGUACAUGAUCGCCUUCCACACAGUCGUGCACAUCGUCGCCCACUUGUUUAACUUUGAGUAUUUCAUGGACGCCCAGCUGAUCGGCGACAGCCGCCAGCUGGCCUCCGUCCUGUCGGCCAUCGGGGACAACGCAUCCUUCCUGAACCCGAUCCGGAGCAACGACACGAACCCGACCGUGGUGAUGUUCACCACCGUGGCCGGGCUGACGGGCGUGGCCAUCACGCUGGCCCUCGUCCUCAUCAUCACCUCGUCCAUGGAGGUCAUCCGCAGGUCGUACUUCGAGGUCUUCUGGUACACGCACCACCUCUUCGUCGUCUUCUUCGUGGGACUCGUGUUCCACGGCUUCGGGCGCAUCGUGAGAGGCCAGACGGCCGGCAGCCUGCAGGCCGACCCCCCCGAGGCCUGCGCCCAGCAGUUUGAGGUCUGGGGGCGCGACGGGUCCAACUGCACAGCGCCGGUGUUCGCCGGCAACCCCCCGAUGACGUGGAAGUGGGUGGUGGGCCCGAUGAUCCUCUACGUGUGCGAGAGGCUGGUCCGCUUCUACCGGUCCCACCAGAAGGUCGUCAUCACCAAGGUGGUGAUGCACCCCUCCAAGACCCUUGAGCUGCAGAUGAAGAGGAAGGGCUUCCACAUGGAGGUGGGUCAGUACGUCUUCAUCCAGUGUCCGUCCGUCUCCGCUCUGGAGUGGCACCCCUUCACGCUGACCUCGGCCCCCGAGGAGGACUACUUCAGUGCCCACAUCCGCAUCGCGGGGGACUGGACCCAGGCCCUGUACGAGGCCUGCAUGGGAGACAACACCGAGCCGCAGGAGGCCUGGAAGCUGCCCAAGCUGGCCAUCGACGGCCCGUUCGGAACCGCCAGUGAAGACGUGUUCCGCUACGAGGUGGUGAUGCUGGUCGGCGCCGGCAUCGGCGUCACGCCGUUCGCCUCCAUCCUGAAGUCCGUGUGGUACAAACGGAUCCAGAACCAGGACGUCUUCACCAAGAAGAUCUACUUCUACUGGCUCUGCCCGGAGACGCAGGCCUUCGAGUGGUUCGCGGACCUGCUCCAGUCCCUGGAGGCUCAGAUGUCGGAGAAUGGCGUGACCGACUUCCUGAGCUACAACAUCUACCUGACCCGCUGGAAGGAGGCCGAGGCCGCUCACUUCUGGGUUCACCACGAGGCGGAGAGCGACCCGAUCACCGGCCUGAAGCAGAAGACGCUGUACGGGAAACCCAACUGGGACCACGAGUUCUGCAGCAUCGCGGCUCAGCACCCGGGCACCAAGGUGGGGGUCUUCCUGUGCGGACCCCCCCAGCUCGGGACCGCUCUGGAGAAACAGAGUCUGAGUCACUCGGAGGACGACGUCAAGUUCAUCUUCAACAAGGAGAACUUCUGAGGGCCAGCGAGGGGAACCUCCAGUACCAGAGGAACCUUCAGUACAGAGGGGAACCUCCAGUACCAGAGGGGAACCCCCAGUACCGAGGGGAACCUCCAGUACCAGAGGGGAACCUCCGGUACCGAGGGGAACCUCCGGUACCAGAGGGGAACCUCCAGUACCGAUGGGAACCUCCAGUACCAGAGGAACCUUCAGUACAGAGGGGAACCUCCAGUACCAGAGGAACCUCCAGUACCAAGGGGAACCUCCAGUACCAGAGGGGAACCCCCAGUACCGAGGGGAACCUCCAGUACCAGAGGGGAACCUCCGGUACCAGAGGAACCUUCAGUACAGAGGGGAACCUCCAGUACCGAGGGGAACCUCCGGUACCAGAGGGGAACCUCCAGUACCAAGGGGAACCUCCAGUACCAGAGGGGAACCUCCGGUACCAGCGGAAUCUCCAGUAGAGGGGAACCUCCAGUACCAGAGGAACCUCCAGUAGAGGGGAACCUCCAGUACCAGAGAGGAACCUCCGGUACUGUGAGGAACCUCCGGUACCAGAGGAACCUUCAGUACCAGAGGAACCUCCAGUAGAGAGAACUCUGGUGUUCUCCGGUGUUCCAUCGCUCUCCUUUCGCGUUGUCGAGGUGAAACUGCUUUUAGAACCGCUCUUCCUUUUUGCAUUCCCUUUUCUCUCGUCUCCUCCUGGACGCUACACGGCGACGUCGCCCUCGAGCAAGGCAGCAAAGCUUCAAGGGAAACAUUCUGCUUUGAUUUUCCCGUUUAUAUUCCAGUAAAGUGCUCCUGGUCCUGGAGGAGGUUCUGACACAGCAGAGCGUUUGAGCAUCAGCCUUCUGGUUACAGUGUGAUAGAAGUAUUUUAUAUUUAAAUUGUACCAAAACUAAGAGAAAGCUCUGAAUAUCUUUAGGUUUUUAAUCAGAGUAAACAAGACAUUUGUGUUUAUUUAUGUAUAUUUUCACACAGGUCGAAGUGAAUUCUUCUUUUUAUGGAUAAUAAACUUUAACUUUGA